CGUCGGAGUGAUGAUCAGCCGAGAUAUCAGUCUGUCACCUCCUCGACUCUGCUACAACAUCGAUCAUCCGAAUAAUCCUGAUCAUAUCUCACUCACACUUUACGAUUACUUCGUUCUGCCAUGCGAUCUAUCAGUUCCACCUCGGCUCCCAACAUCCUCAACCGACUCCCCGAACCGCACCCUAACCCGAAUCACCCACCGCAUACCAACGAGGGAUUGAGAGUAUGCCAGGUUAUUGGUCUGAAGCCGGAAAGGAUCGAAGAGUAUGAAAAGGUGCACAGAGAAGUCUGGCCGGGGGUUCUGAACGCGUUGAGGCGGGCGAAUGUGGUCGACUACUCGAUCCACCACAUGCAACUCCCGUUGACUCCUGCCGGUACCAGCUCAGCAUCGGGGCAGACGACUCAUCUCUUGAUCGCUCACAUGCGGUACAUGGGCAAACCGGAAGAUUUCGAAAAGGAUAUGAGCAAGGUCGGGGAAGAUCCCGAGACUCAGCGGUGGUGGAAGUUGACGGAUUCGAUGCAGACUUCGUUCGUAGACGGUGCCGUAGGAUCGGCUUCAGGUCCGGGUUGGUGGUCAACCGGCCGAGAGGUCUUUCGUUUCGAGGGCUAAGUGGAUAAUGUCGAGCCUCGCUCUUGUAUGAGGCUUGCCGUCACAUGAGAAUGUUCGGACUCCUUCUUGAUCUCGUUCAUCAGCAUCUGUCGUCUCUCUCAGAUGACCAGAAGAAAUCGAGCUAGCACCUGGAUAGCAUAUCCCUCCCUAGAAUCAGCGAACGCAGACAGUCUGAUUGCAACAAAGUAAGG